AUGAUCUACAAAUCCCACAUUUUGUUUCCUCUGGUUUUGUUAUCCUUGUUCUCAUCAAACACCGUUCGUGUUCGAAGCGAAGGCUCCGGCUCAGAGUCCUAUAUACUUUCCUGUGGCUCGUCUUCCGACGGGGAAACGGAUUCUGAUGGCCGGAAAUGGACAACGGAUUCCAAAUACCUCGUCGCCUCCAACAAUACGAAGACUGCGAAAGCCGAGUACCAAGACCCUGCCCUGCCAUCCAAAGUCCCAUUCACGACAGCACGAAUCAUGAACUCUGCAACAUCAUACAAGUUCUCUGUUCCAUCAAGCAAACGCAUGUUGGUCAGGUUCCAAUUCUACCCAUCCACGUACGACUCCGCCGAUUCCUUGAACGGGGUUUUCGAAGUCACCGCCAACGGCCUCACCCUGCUUAAAAACUUCAGUCCUUUCAUCACAGCGUUGGCCCUCACGCAGUACUACAUCAUAAGAGAGUACUCAAUUGUCCCCGCCGAGUCCGGCAUUCUCAAUAUCACGUUCACGCCGUCCCCGAAUCGCGAAAAUACGUUCGCUUUCGUGAACUCAGUGGAGGUGAUCCCAAUGGAGGAAAUCUUCAAGCCGACCGACUUGAUCGGCUUCCGAGGCCAAACUAUCGACGUCCAAAACUCCUCCCUCCAGACAAUGUACAGGUUAAGCGUCGGAGGGGAGUACAUUCCCGCAAACAAGGAUUCGGGACUCGCACGAACAUGGUGGGACGACUCGCCAUACCUACUAAAUUCAGCUUACGGGGCCUCGUAUUUCGACGGGGCAUUUCUCGGGGUUUCGAUCAAAGCUCCUGAAAAUGUCACCAUCGGACACACGAAGGACGUCCCCGAAUAUAUUGCUCCUCUAACGGUGUACAAAACUGCGAGAUCGAUGGGGCCGAACCCUCACUUCAACGAGAAAUACAACCUCACUUGGGUUUUUCAGGUGGACGCAAAUUUCACCUACGUCGUUCGGUUCCAUUUCUGCGACUUUCAAAACACACUGGUGAACCAGAGAACGUUCGAUAUAUAUCUCAACAAUAAAACGGCGGAGGAGUCGGCGGAUGUGAUCCAGUGGGCCGGGGCAAUCGGAAUCCCGGUUUACAAGGAUUAUGCCACUCAUGUGAACGACAGAGACGGUGAUGAUCUUCUUUGGGUGGGUUUGCAUCCGAAUGUGAAGACGCAUCCGCAGUACUAUGAUGCCAUACUCAAUGGACUGGAGGUUUUUAAGGUUAAUGACAAGCACGGGAACUUGGCGGGUUCAAAUCCUGUGCCUUCAAAAAUGCUUCUUAAGGCAGACGCUGCAGCCAGGGGUAUACUGGCAAACACUGCCUAG